UUCAAACUCAAAUUUGCUUCAUUGCCUCCUGCUUUUCUAAGGCGUUGGAUGAAGAUCGAACGGCAAUCUUAUCACUGAGUGUUUAGAUUUCCCCAAAACUCGGGAGGCGAUGUUCACGUUAAUGUGAUCUUUCAUACUUGAAGAUCAUUUUGAAUCUUGCCGGAUUUAACGAUUUUACAGUUGCGACUGCUUCAAAUCUUCGGAGAGCAAGUGUCCGUUGAACCGUUUGCAAACGAGGUCAAUGGCGGGUUUUUUGUAUUCGACCUGUACGUCCCCUUUUGAUGAUGGGGAAGAUAUGGCUGUGUUUGAGUCCACAGCAGCCGACUAUAGAGGAUCGGGCAUGCCGCGUCUGCCUGAGCUCUCUCUCAUAUCACCGGGCCCCGAAUUGGCUUGGAAACCUGCAGUGAUGAAGCAGGGAAGCGUUGACAAAGGCGACACAGAGAGGGUGAAUGUUUUCCUUCGCAUUCGACCCCUCACCGAGGUCGAGAGAGAAAAGGGCGAGGACCAGGAAUGUGUGGAAGUACAAGAUGAAGAGACUCUGCUACUCAGAGCUCCCAGCUGCUCGCAAAACAUGAAGGUCGCCGAGAGGGGCAUCUCCUCAAGCAUGCACAAGUUCACUUUCACCAAGAUUUGUGGACCAGAGACAACGCAGCAAAACUUUUACGAGUGCACCAUGAAGGAGAUGGUCAAAAGUGUUCUCCAGGGAGAGAACAGACUUCUCUAUACAUACGGUGUCACCAAUUCGGGAAAGACUUACACUAUUCAAGGCAGUGGCCGCGAUGCAGGGCUCCUACCCAGAGCUUUAGUGUCUCUAUUUCAAAAACUGCAAGGUCGUCUGUAUGGCGCUAUGGACCUGAAGCCUGUCUUGUACCAGGACGUGAGACAUCUGGAGCCCUCUGAGGUCAGGGUGGAAGAAAUACGCAGAAACACCCUGCUCAAAGAGGAUGAGAACCCGAAUUCUUAUGGAGGUGGCAACACGGCAACGUGGGACAGCGGCGUUGGAGGACUUUCUUCUACCAGCCACAUUGCUACCCAAAUGGAAGACUACAAAAGUGUUUGUUUGGAGCCCGACGGCCUCUCACACAGCAGUGGAGGCGACCUUGAGAAAGGGCUGCAGUUCUCCAUCUGGGUGUCCUUCUACGAGAUUUACAAUGAGUUCCUGUACGACUUGCUGGACGGCAGCCCCUCUCUGCAGCCGAGAAAGAGGAUCACGCUGCGUCUGAGCGACGACAAACAUGGCAAUCCCUACGUGAAGGGCCUCACGUGGGUUCAGGUCCGCAGUGCAGAGGAAGCUUGGAAGAUUCUGCGAACCGGACAGCGUAACCAAAGUUUUGCCAGCACACAUCUCAACCAAAACUCCAGUCGUAGCCAUUGCAUUUUCUCUAUUCGAAUUCUGCACAUCCGCCCAGAUGCAGAAUCGGGUCAGAACAUGCACAUCAGCGAACUGACGGUGUGUGAUCUAGCCGGGUCGGAACGCUGUAAAGAGCAGCGCAGCGGCGAACGGAUGAAGGAAGCAAACAACAUAAACACCUCCCUCCUUACUCUAGGGCGUUGUAUUGCUGCCCUGAGGCACAACCAGACCAACAAGUCACGACCACCUCAAGUGGUGCCCUUCCGAGACAGCAAGCUGACCCGGGUGCUUCAGGGCUUCUUCUGUGGCAGAGGAACAUCCAGCAUGGUGGUCAACAUUAACACGUGUGCCUCCAUAUAUGAUGAGACUCUCCAAGCUCUCAAGUUCUCGGCUAUUGCAUCCCAACUGCUUCAUGCACCCGCCACAAGAAACAGGGUGGCCAAAAUCCUAUCGCUGUUGCGUGAGCAAGCCAAUGAGAAUGAUGCAGAAGAUGAGUGCGAUGGUGAAGAUGUCGAUACCACCGUGUUUAAUGCACUGGACACUGAUGCAAAACUACGUCUAGAAGCUGAGGUGAGGGAGCAGGUUGUCACCGAGGUGAUGGAGGUCAUUAACACAAUGCAGGCCGAUCACAGUGAGCUCUUGGAAGCACAGAAGGAUCGACUUGAAAAGCGCUGCGAGGACAGAAUACAAAUCCUUCAGAAAUAUUUAAAGAGUUUCUACAUUAAACAGUUACAGGAGCGUGAUGAGCAGAUUGAAGAAUUGUCUGCUGCCCUGGAUAGGAAGAUGACUAGCGAGGCAGAUCCCAGCUCUUCACCCCAGACAGAAUCUGAGCGGCCUCGGCGGUCCGAGCGCAUCAGCUCCAAGAGAGAAAGCUCUCGACUGCAGGAGGAGCUUCAAAUGUGUCGUGCUCUGCUGCACACAAAGACGGAAGAGGUGUCGCGGCUGAAGAGCCAGCUCGAGACACCGGGCUCAGCGGGCACCAACGCUGCCGCCCGCAAGCUCGAAGAGGGACAAAGGAACCUACGUCAGCUGCGCUCAGAUUUACAGAAGCUCGGCUCAGACCUGCAGUCUGGCGAACGGGCCUGCUGCCGCAACACGAGUGGCGAAAGGCUGCGGCAGGCUUUGGCCGCGGCAGAUGAAACACUAAUAAAACAGGACCAGAUCCUGGUGGAACUGCAGAACGGCCUGACACUUGUCAAGGCCGACUUGAGGCGCAAGGCCGAGACCCCGGUUCAGGCGCAGGCCGAGACCCCGGUUCAGGCGCAGGCCGAGUCCCAGGUUCAGGGAGCCCAGCCUCUCCAGCUACCUCGCUUGGGCUUUGCCGCACCGACUUCUUGCAAGAAGCGAGGAUGUGGCACCGUGGCAGCCACUAACUCUGAGAACAAGCCUCCCCAGAAGAAGGCCUUCUACCACUCUUUGUUCCCCACAUGCACGCCGACGCGGAAAUACAACACCCGCAAUGCCACGGAUGCUAAGUUAACCCCUUACUCUCGGAUCCUGAGGUCACGCCAGCAGUCUCCGCCUCCGAGCCCCGUCCCUGCUCUUCGCAGCCUACGUGGCAAGUACUGAAGCGGUUUACUUUAAUGGGAGCAAAUCUUGCAUGCGUGUGGUUUUGUUAUUUUAUUGGGUUUAUGUCCAAUACAAUGUUCAGUCAAGUAUGAUACAGUUCUAAUGUUCAGUCAAGUAUGAAACUUUGAAAAAAGUGUAUUUACCAAGGGAGGUGUGGGUUUGAACUAAAAAUUUCACAAGUUUUUCAUAUGCUAUGUAACAGCAUAUUGUAUCAAAGUUUAUUGUGUCUGUUUAAAUGUUCUUGAAUGUGA